UAUUUGAAGCCGGAGUGCCUCGCACUUUCACAUACACAGACCGCUCGCAGCGUUGCAUCUGUCUGCCGCGGCGUGUGUGCCUGCAUUAACGCGCGUGUGCACCACAGACAGAGAGAGCGAGAGAGAGAGAGAGAGAGAGAGAGAGAGAGAGAGUGGCGAGCCAACCAGGAGCUAAAGGGAGAAGGGAAAAGCGAGCGAUCGAGAGAAAAAGGGGGAAAGAGAAACGCCGAGUGCAUGAGAGCAAGACAAAGCAAUGAAAUUCAUCGGAGCCGUUUACCUCCUGUUCCUCCUCCCUGCUUUAAGCUUCAACAGCAGCUAUGAGGGGCUGGAAAAGAAGCUGAAGGAGGUUUUCACAGAGAGGACAGGAAUUUUACGACAUCUCUCCAAAACAUCAAAGGAACUGGACAGCAUAAAAGGAAACCUGCAGUCACUGAAGAAUGAGGAUGCUGUGCCCAAGAAGGAUGUGCAGAGGAUCCUGGAGCUUAGUCACAAGCAAAGGGAUGAGAUGAAGUCACUCCAGGCAGCUCUGCAGAAACAACUGGAUGAUGCAGCUGAGCGUGCAGAGAAACAGCAGGCCACUAUAAAGUUCUUAAAGAUGGAGAUGGAAAAGAAAACGAAAAUCAUCAAAGACCUUCAGCAAGAGAAUAAAAGCCUUAAGAACAAACUUCUGUCCGGGAACAAGCUCUGUGACAUUCAUGCAGAAGAGUCCAAAAAAAUCCAAGCCCAACUGAAAGAGCUGAGGUAUGGCAAAAAGGAUUUAAUUUUUAAGGGUCAACAGCUGAUGGACUUGGAGAACAAACUCAAAGUAGCCAAAGAUGAACUGGAGAAGGCAGCGCUGGAUAAGGAGUCACAGCUAAAAGCCCUGAAGGACACAGUGCAUAUCUGCUUCUCGUCUGUUCUACACAGCCAGACAGCAAGUUUACACAGAUUUCCAGCCACACCAACCAACCUGUUGAGGUAUUCAGCCUUGGUCAACAACUCCAGAGUCACCUUUCAGCAGCCACACAUGAAGG